AUGAUUGGUAAACCAAGUUUUGAGGAAGUACCUUUCAAGUAUAACACUUUUGGAAAACCAUUACUCGAUAAUAUUCAAUUUAAUUCAAGUAGUUCAAAUGAUAUAAUUGCAAUAGUAAUAGCUCCAAGUCAAUCACCAAUUGGUAUAGAUUUAUCUCAUUCUAGACAAGAUUCAAUUUCAGAAACGGAUUAUUUAACUCAAUUUGCUCCAAUUUUUACAGAAAAUGAGAUUGCUCAAAUUGAUUCAUAUUUUAAAUUUAAUCAUUUCUGGACUUUAAAAGAAGCAUUCACGAAAUUAUUAGGUUGUGGAUUAAAUAUUGAUUUAGCAAGUUUUGAAUUUAUAGUCUCAGAUGGGUUUAAUGAGGAUGUUUACAAUGCUUCAGUUGAAAAUAAUGAAAUUAAAUGGUUCGAUGAGAUCAGGAUAAAUACUGAUAAAUUGGUAGAUAACAAUGUAUAUCAACAACUUCCAAGUCAUGACUUUUACUGUUAUAGUUCGAUAUUACAAAAGAGAACAAGGGAUGAAUUACCAGUGAUAGUAAGUAUAAUUACACUAGAGAAAGUUGAAGAAGUUGCUAAUUAUACCGACUUCGAAGAAACCUUAUACAAGUGUAUACCCUGA